AUGCUGGAAAUGCUGAAGAAACUCUUCAUUCUCUCAAUUUUCAUUGUUAUGGUCCGUGCUCAAGUGACUGAGGAGCCUGGAACCAAGCUAAGUACAUUCAAUCCCAAUUGCAGCAUGAAUGCAGACCAUCUCUUGAGUGAUAAUCUUCUCUCGCCCAUCCGAGUUUUCACCGACUUCUUCCCACCGGCACAACCGAUCGAAGACACUCUCUCUUUGACUAUUGCACCAUGGACAAACUUCAUUGGAGAAUGGUUUUGUGAUUUGGAAGUCAAUCAAAAACCGACAUCAGUCGAAGACUUUUGUCCUUUGAAGCUAAUCAACCUUGCGGAAGCGAUAAUGGACUCUCCUGUCGGAUAUUUCGUGGAUCGGAAUGCAACACUCGCGAAUUGGCUUCAAAAAUGCGGAAACACAACCUACAAUAUCCUGGUGUAUGGUUUAGUUCACUGA